CCCGCCGAAAUGGCUAUGGUAAAUGAUUGGUGCGCUCCAUAACAGUUUCCAUUGUGUUUGUAGUAGUAUAUAUGACCCGGUAUUUCCUUGCAGGGAACCCGACUUUGGCUCUCUCAGUUCCAACCAAGAGAUAACCUAGAACUGCUCAUACCUUCAUCAUGACCAUCCAACGUUACGGAGUCUGGCGAGGCACUGCUACUAAGUGGGAGCCAACUCAACAGGACAACGAUCAUGGGCACAUUACCUUCACAGACGGAACGACAGAUGACUUGGACUGUGCAGUUGAUGUGAAGUCAAAAGACUCGGACUCCCGCAUCGUGUUCUGGAACGUGGUUUCCUUCGACGAAUCUCACCCAUUAGCCGCCAAGCUGGUAAACAUUUCGGAGGGCUACCAGUCUAUCACCAGUCACACUCCCAGUGGCCUCGGACUGGACUACCUCAAGGGAGGACUUGUCAACGUACAGAAAGGCCGAAUUUUGGACUACAACGAGAGUGGGCCGAAUAACGACAUACUUGACUUUCUAAAUCCGAUAUUGAACGCGGCUGUCAGUCAGAAAGCUGAUAUGUAUCUGUACGGCAGCCAGUACGAAGAGGGUGAUGGCAUCCAUGACAUCCACAUGAAUCAAGGAGACGUAGGCAAAUUCGCUAAGGAGAAUGGCGUCUAUCAAGAUGGCGGCAUGGUUUUUAACUUCAAGUCUGGUAGUGGCGACCUGACCGGCUGGCAAGGAGUAUUUCUCGCCUUUGCCACACAGUCUACUCAGACCAAUUCCAAAGGAGGUCCAACGGGGCCAACUUUCGCACAGACGCUUGGCGAUACAAUAUGAGAUGUAGGCAGAGAUCAUGCUAAGAGAAUUUGUAAUGAAAGACAACUAGUCCGCUGUAUAUCAUUUGAUCAUUUAUUGGCAUGUAUGAGUAAAGGCUGGGCACCUUGCCUUUCAUGGAUGCUUUACUUGCAAACCAUAAUCCGAUCAAGCAUGAAACGCCUCACAAUGAGCAACUACAUGAGCGCCAUCGUUGAGAAGUAUCGCGAUUGGAGGGCUGGCUACAGGGAGCUGGAGUCACACGUUAGGCACGAUAGCUGAUCCAGU